UUCACACAUCCCUCGUUCAGCCAGCCACAGCUUGCCAGCCCUGGGUGCUGCCUGUGCCCCUCACCAUCUCCCUCAUUCCUGAAGAGAACAGCCCUGGAGCAUCAGCUGCUCACCAGCAUCCACCUUCUUUACUAUUUAAAUAGCCCUGCAGAGAGAAAACUUUCCCCCCCCACACACACUUUACACACUUCUCCCUGGUGUGAACAAGUACUAAUUGCUCAGCCAUGCAAUGCACACGCAGAACCACCACGUUGAUGUGAUUGCAAAGCUGGGUAACGUCAGCAUCCCGGAGACCCUCCUCCGAGUCGGAUGCAAAAGCAGAGGCUCAACAGUGCCGAGCAGGAGGUGCUGGAGGAGGCAGCCGGAGCCGCUCGCCAGGGGACCCUGGGAAUGGGGAGUAGCCGUGUCAGAAACUUCCUCAUUGUUUGUGAAAUCUCAGUCAAUGAAAAGAGUCUGAACUCCGACACAGAGAAAGGCACUAAUUAAACAUUGCAACGCUUCUGCUCUGACAUGGAAAGGCAAGUGCUGUGCGAAUGAAACAGCAGCCACCCCUCGGGUCCUCCAAGGGCUGUGAAUCGUCAGCCAGGCACAAAGCUUCCUCUCUGCGCUCCCUGCUCCUUCCAGCCCUGAGAAGGACUCUUGCUGCAGACAGUUGAACCGGAGCCACUUGACCUGCCCAGCAGAGAAAAACCAAAGCUCACCAGGAUGCUCUCAGAAAGAAGAAUUCCUUAGCUUGCACAGGGAGUUAUAAUUCUCCUGCUUGCUUUAUUUGAUGUGUCUUCCAAUCUUUUUCUUUUUUUUUCCUCCCUGACCACUCCAAAAUCUAGUUUCUCCAAUGGUAGGGGACAGGAGAGGCAAGUUAAUUCAUGCUGCCUCACAACCCACUCUUUGGAAAUACCCCGCUUCUAAAUGAGAUAACAGUUGCUUCUCACAAAAAAAAAAAAAAAAAAAAAAAAAAAAAGGUCUCCCUUCUGGGCUAGCAAGGCUUUCAAUGACAUCUGAGGGUGGUCCGUGACCAGCAGGCAUGGGCAACAGCUCUCUUUGGGAUGAUCUGAACAGCACCUGCAGCAAUGCAGGCAACAGCUGCUACCUGGACAACAGCGUGAGGUUCAACUUAACCUUCCAAGAGCAGGCAGCCGAUUUCUACGUUGUCCUCCCUGUGAUUUACUCCGUCAUCUGUGCCGUUGGGCUCACAGGCAACACUGCUGUCAUCUAUGUGAUCCUCAAGGCCCCCAAGAUGAAGACUGUGACAAACAUGUUCAUCCUGAACCUUGCUAUAGCUGACGACUUGUUCACACUUGUCUUGCCCAUUAAUAUUGCUGAACACCUCCUCCACUACUGGCCCUUUGGAGAAGUUCUCUGCAAGGUCAUCUUGUCCAUAGACCACUACAAUAUCUUCUCCAGCAUUUAUUUCCUAACAGUGAUGAGCAUAGACAGGUAUCUGGUAGUACUGGCUACAGUCAGGUCCAAGAGGAUGCCACAUCGUACUUACCGAGCAGCCAGGAUCGUCAGUUUGUGCAUCUGGAUUCUAGUCACCAUCAUAGUUCUCCCUUUCAUUAUUUUUGCCAAUGUCUACAUAGAUGACCUGGAGAUCAAGAGCUGUGGUCUCAAUUUCCCCAAGCCUGAAAGGUUUUGGUUCAAAGCCAGCAGGAUCUAUACCCUCAUCCUUGGCUUUGCCAUUCCUGUAUCCACCAUUUGCAUCCUCUACACCAUGAUGCUCUACAAGCUAAGGAACAUGCACUUAAACUCUAAUGCUAAAGCCCUGGACAAAGCCAAGAAGAAAGUCACUAUUAUGGUCUUCAUUGUCCUGGCUGUGUGUCUCUUCUGUUGGACCCCCUUCCACUUGGCCACCAUUGUGGCUUUGACCACUGACUUGCCCCAGACCUCCAUGGUCAUUGGUAUAUCCUACUUCAUCACCAGCCUAAGUUACGCCAAUUCAUGCUUGAAUCCUUUCCUGUAUGCUUUCCUGGACGACAGUUUUCGGAAAAGUUUCCGGAAGAUGCUGGAAUGCAGAACUUCUUGAACAGUGGGCUGGGGCUCACAGAUCCCUUCCCUCCCAUGGCAUUGCAGGGGCUGACUGAAGUGGUGGCUAAUGAACGUGCAAUGUUUUUUCUCUCAUUGACAUGUAAUGUAUGUGUGUGUUUAUCAUCAUUGUUUGCAUCGUCUGUCCAUAGACAUUGCUUACUUGCGACUCUUGCAUUUUUUCCUUUUCUGCACCUCCCAACUUCUCAAAGAUGCGUUUCUAUAUUCUUAUUUUCAGUUACACACUCUGAAGCACUAAGGACAGAAAACUUACUUUUUCGAGGUGUACUUCUGGUACAUAGUGGUCCUUUAUUGCCAUCUGCUGUACGGCACAGACAAGCUGGAGACUAGUUUUCAGAUUAAUGUAAUGCUCAGUUCUUAAUGAAGCUAUGUUAUUUGGAGGAUUGUUUCGUGGAGCAGAGCUAACGAGCACUUCCAAUGAAAUAUCAAUAAAAUGGACAGAGGAUGUAAGAUGAGUUUUUGAAAGAGAAAACAAACUGUUUUUAUGUGCGCGUGUGUGUUAUGGCUUUGUUUUUGAGGGAUGUCUAUUUUCCACCCCCACCCCAAAUUCCCUCUUUCCUAAACUGUUCACACAAGUUAAAUUUAAACCAAAAAGCAAGAUUUGGGUCUCAAAAAUAGUGUUAAACAACACUCCAUACAAAUACUGUUGCAACUGUGGGAAUUUGCGUUAGAAAGUAUUUUUAACUAAUUGUUCCUGUUAAGUGUCAAAUAUAUAUUUAUUUAAGAGUGAUUAAUGAAAUAAACCUCAUGGGGAAAAAAAGAGGCUGGUCCUUCUUUCACCAAGGAAUACUUA